AUAACCAGGUUCUCGCACCAUUCUACCUCCCUUGGUUCCCCUCGGACCAACAAGUCUCUUCACCAAGUCCGACUUCGUUGCCUUGAGCACCAUCACGACAACAAGCCAUGGGUGCCCCUCAGAAGACCGCCGGUGGCAACAACGCCUACCACAACUUCUACAAUGACUUUCUUCACAUCAAGGAUCUUAAGGAAAGACGACGCCUCGCCCUCGCCGAAGUCGACAGAGCACCAUUCGGAUGGUACCACGUCCGAGCCAUUGCCGUUGCCGGCGUCGGUUUCUUCACAGACUCUUACGACAUCUUCACCGUCUCUCUUCUGACCCUCAUGCUCGGCAUUGUCUACUAUCCAGGCGAAGGCAAGAUGCCUACAACCUCCGACACAGCCAUCAAGCUCGCAACAUCGGCCGGCACGGUCAUUGGGCAGGUUGGCUUCGGCGCCGCUGCUGAUAUCUUCGGUCGUAAGAACAUGUACGGAUUGGAAUUGUUGUUCAUCAUCUUUGCCACUCUCGCUCAGGCCUUGACCUCCGGGUCUCCUUCCAUCAACAUCGUCGGUAUCAUCAUCUUCUGGCGUGUUCUUAUGGGUGUCGGUAUCGGUGGAGACUAUCCUCUUUCCAGUAUUAUCACGUCCGAGUUUGCUACAACCAAGUGGAGAGGUGCCAUGAUGGGUGCCGUCUUUGCUAUGCAAGGUCUUGGCCAGCUUGCUGCCGCAUUCGUCAUGUUGUUCGUUACACUCGGUUUCAAGAAGUCGCUGGAGGCUGCUCCUACUCUGGCUGCCUGCACCGGAGACUGUGCCGUUGCCGUUGACAAGAUGUGGAGGACAGUCAUUGGUUUCGGUGCCGUUCCCGGCUGCAUCGCGCUCUACUACCGCUUGACCAUCCCCGAGACUCCUCGCUACACCUUCGACGUCAAGAGGGACAUCGAGCAGGCUCAGGACGACAUCGAAGCCUUUAAGACGGGCCAGCCCAAGGGCAAGCCCGACGAGUCCACCCGCAUCGCCACCCAGCAGGAGGCCGAGAAGCAGAUUGAGAUCCCCAAGGCCAGCUGGAGCGACUUCUUCCGCCACUACUCCAAGCGCAAGAACGCCAUGCUGCUCGCCGGCACCGCCCUGUCCUGGUGCUUCCUCGACAUCGCCUACUACGGCGUCUCGCUCAACAACGCCACCAUCCUCAACGUCAUCGGCUACUCCACCACGGGCGCCAAGAACACGUACGAGAUCCUCUACAACACCGCCGUCGGCAACUUGAUCAUCGUUCUCGCCGGCGCCGUCCCCGGAUACUGGGUCACCGUCUUCACCGUCGACACCGUCGGCCGCAAGCCGAUCCAGUUCAUGGGCUUCGGCAUCCUCACCAUCCUGUUCGUGGUCAUGGGCUUCGCCUACAAGCACCUCUCGCCCCACGCGCUGCUCGCCAUCUUCGUCCUCGCCCAGUUCUUCUUCAACUUCGGUCCCAACUCCACCACUUUCAUCGUCCCCGGCGAGGUCUUCCCCACUCGUUAUAGGUCUACCUCGCACGGCUUGAGCGCCGCCAUGGGCAAGAUCGGCUCUAUCAUCGGCCAGGGCGCCAUUGCCCCCCUGCGCACCAGGGGCGCUUCUAAGGGGAACCCCAACCCGUGGAUGAACCACGUGUUGGAGAUCUAUGCUCUGUUCAUGUUGCUCGGUGUUGGUACCACUUUCUUGAUUCCCGAGACUAAGAGGAAGACGCUGGAGGAGCUGGCGGGCGAGUAUGAUAUGAGUGGUGAGGAGGAGGCGCAGACGAAUGAUACCACCGUCACUGAGAACAAGACGGAGGCGCCCACGACUAGUGCUGCUGUGAACGUUUGAGGAGGGGUUGUCCCAUUAAGGGUUGUUGGUUUUGGCACGUAUUUUCCAUUCUUUUUAUUCCAUGUUUAUGAUAUAAUGGUUUGAUGAGGGCAAAGAAGGGCAGGAGCGAUAGAAUCUAGUGAGGGAAGAAUUAUUUUAGGGGGG